CCUGACGACAAAGACGACAACCUCAAUGGACAGAGUGUUGCUUUGACCAGAGGCAGCACCCAUCUACUCCAGGCUUCCACCCAAGUUAGGACGAGGGCCAGUAGCUUCGAGGAUGCCUGCUUCCAGACCCGGCGGCUGAUCGACAAGGGGACACAUCGACGCCAUCCGAUAAUCCGACAAUGUCUGUCGCAAUCUGGCCGCCUCUAUCCGCGGCCGACCUCAAAACCGCCCUUGAGGACACCCAGCGCCGCGAGCUCGAGUGGCUCCUGAACGAGCUGCACGACACGCUCCAAAACCUCAAGCACGGGCUCGAGGACUGCUACGCCCUGCUGGCGCCCAUCGACCCAGGCUCGACCCUCGUCGUCAGCACGCCGCGCAACGAGGCCGUCAAGGGCCACAUCACGCGCGUCGGCACCCGCAUCGUCAAGGGCACCCUAUCGCUGCGCCUGCGCACCGCCCCGCCCCAGACGCUGUCGCUUGACCCGGACCACCCCAUCCACCUCGCGCCCCUCACCCACCUGCACACGCUCCUGACCGACGCUCUCGACGUGCUCACCCAGACCCUCGCCCACCUGCCAAAGCCGGGCAGUGAAGGAGAUGACCGCUAUUUAAGGUCCCCCAACCCGGGCGCCGCCGCCUUCGUCUCGGCCCAGCUCCGCCUCCUGUCCGCCUCGCUGGCCGAGGCCUCGGCCGUGCUCAAGGGCCCGCCCGUGAUGGCGCCCGACCCGGCAUGGACGACCCUGUCAGCUGCGCCCUCGCACUUCCUCCCGCCCGCCGCGCCCCCGCCGUCCCACAACCCCCUGCAGAGCCUGCAGUCCUCCCUCCCCUUCUCCACCAGUAGCGGCGACCACCACAACCAUAACCCCUCAUCCUCCCACGCCCACCACCACGGAAUGGACGCCGCGGCGGCGAUGGCGGCGACCCUGCAGAACGUGUCCGUCUACUUUGGCAUCCAGGAGUCGGCCCUGGUGCUCUGGGUGCGCGCCCUCGAGCCCGCCGACGCCCCCGUCAGCGUGGGCAUGAAGUUCGCCCUCGCCAUCGGCACGGCCAGGCGCCUCGAGCACGACGAGAGCGAGCGCGUCUUUGGCUACUGCUGCGCGGGGCUCGACGGCCGCCCCGCCGUCCACGGCGCCGGGAGGUCCCACGGCCCGGGGUCCCCGACCUCUCUCAAGCGGUCCAUAUCGCAGCAAUUUCUCGUCGGCGGGAACGGUGGCGGAAACGGCGGGGGUGCCAAGAAGGGCCCCGCGCAGGUCUACGUGCGCGAAAAGAUCCGCGUCGAGAGCGCCGACCCAAGCCUGCUGUCGCUAUCGGCCAAGCUCGGCGCUCUGAGUAAUACACUGAGCAUAGCCAGGCGGAAUCUCGCCGCCGUGUUGGGCGAGGAGAUGGAAGAAUGAGGACCAUGUUGAGCCACCCAGUUUGGGGUGCACGACCACCACAGAAAAUGGCAGUCCCACCAAGGUACAUAAACAACAGAAAGCGACUAGUACAAGUUCCGGGAACUAUGUUAAUUCCGUGGUUAGCUCUAAAGGAAUGAUCUUGGGAAUAAGAAAGCUUAUGAAGGGAACUCACGGCAUUACCGAUUUUAGUCAACCUUUGGAACCUUAAAAUGGUCAUCUUGUCCUGUGGUGGCGUGGGGUGCAAUACAAGGCUAAACAACAGUUACACUAACCAUGGCAUCUUCAAUUCUAAACAGGAUAUGCUUGAUGACUAGAUAUUCAGUCAAACACGCCGGGCGGGUACACCAGAGAAAGACAGUACCGGCAAAAAGAAUAUGAGGAAUUCGUGGCACACAAACACAGGAGAAAAAUCGUAAACAACCGCGAUGCUUCCAAAUAUAGGGACUAAGAGGCUGUAAAGCGCGGCAAGAGCUAGACAAACAAUGCUCGCGCGUGUGAAGGCUCUACGCGACCGGGGACCAGGGCAUGGGCACGAGGACGCGCGACUUCAUGCUCUGGAUCAGCGGCACUGUCUUGUGGACCGUCUCGCUCCAGCCCGAGAUGCUCCAGCUCUUCUCGCGCGUGAUCUUGCGCUGCUCCAGGUCGGCAAACUGCCACAGGUGGUGGACCGUGUUGAGCUCCCCGAUCUGGACGAACCAGGCGCCGACUCCCUCCAUGACCUCGCGGCGCGCCUUGAGCCCGCGGCGCCAGUGCGUCUCCCACUCGAGCAGGUUGCCCGGGUGCAGCGUGUACGACCGCAGCUCGAAGACGCCGCCGAGGUGCCGCGGUGGGGUCGUGGGCCAGAAGGAGAACUCUUGCAUCAGGGACGAGUUGUUGGACCUGAUGAGCGAGUUGAGCUUCUUUUCGAACCCGGGGAACUCGGGGUGCCCCGCGAUGAUGUUGAGGGAGGCGUGAUAUCCCGUGUACCGCUGGUACUCCCAGAUAUGGACUGCAUGGGUAACAGCGCGUGUCAGAUAAGGAUGCCGCUGUAAAUGGACGAAUACAGGGGCCAUCGCUCAACUUACCAAACGUAUUGCAGUCGCCAACCUCGGUACGCCAGCUCCCCACAAGAUGAACCUUAUUCUCAGGAUCCGAGGCUAUGCGGGGGUACCACUUCCC